AUGAGUAUGUUUAUGAUUUUGAGUCAAUUUUAUGUUGUUGAUGGGCCGAAGCAGUAGAGUUUUUAAUUGAUUAUUACUGAGCGAAGUUGUAAGUUGAUAGCUGUCCCUUCUUUGAUAGCUUCAAUGUUAUAUGCAAUAUUAAACAUUGUAUUAAUAGCCAAUCUAUAUUGUCAAAUUUAUGUCAAGAAUUAUAAGAGUUUUAAUUUGAAGGAGGAGGUCAUGUUGGGAGUGGUCUUAAUAAUAAUAAUAUCAAUUUUACUGGUUUUGCUGAGUCAAGAUCUAGGUGUUAGCAUUUUAGGAGAUUGCAAUUUAGAAUCUUAGAAUGUGUUUGCUCAAUUUUUGGUCUACCUUAGAGGUGUUUUGAUGAUAAUAUUAUCGAUAAUAUUGAUAAAGUUGUAAAGACAUUCCCCUUAAAUAUUGUAAACUGAAAUUUACAAGACUUCGAUGGAUAAGUUCAUACGGAAAUACUUGCAUACCUACAUUAAAGUAAAUGUGAGUUACGGUUGGCUAUUCGUAAUGUCAAGAUUGCUAAUUCCAAUAAUUCUGAAUUACAACCAGAAUUAUAAAGAACUGAUAAACAUAUUGUCAAUCAUCCAAGCGAUAAUGACAUUGUCAAUGACAAUAAUUCGACUCCACGAGCCAAUCAUUCAUCGCCAUAUCAAGUAUUUGUUUAGACCCAAGGCCUGUGUUCUCUAGGAGAGACUGCUGGACAAAACCAAUCUAUAGAGUGAGGAUUUAUAGAAUAGGUCUUAUCAGAAUAUAAUGAUUUAAACUUCAGGCCAAGACAUAAUUGGGAUUAAGUUGUACCAGUAAUAGAAACAAAACUAAUUGAAUCUCUCUUUAGAACAAUAUGAUGUGGGACCUUUGAUGCCUUAGGAAUCCACAUAGAUUCAAUAAAUUGAGAUACAGAAUAUCAUAGAACAUAGUGGACACAAUGAAAUAAUAUUAUUGUUGCAAGCAAGUUACGAGAUGUUAGAAGACCAUCAGUAUUGUUAGAAUAGUGAGAUGACUUAUUAUCAAUUCAACAAGAUUCAAUAGCGUUCAAUUUAAAUUAAUUAGACCAAGCACAUUUUGGUAACUACCUAUGGUCAAGACAUAUUGAGUUUGAAGGUCAGAGAUUACUUUGGUAUUAAUCUGAAGCAAAUCAAGAAUUCGCUGGAUAUAUCUCUUAACAUAGACAAUUUGAGAUCAUAAGAAUUGCCAUAGAAGGGCACGUUAUUUAUUACUCAUGACAAUUUGAUUUCGAUUGAGUUCAUAACUCGAGAUCAGAAAAGACAAUUAACAAAAGGUAGUGGAUUGUAAUUGUUAUGGUAAAGAUGGGAUUAAGAAUACACUUGUGCUCUUGGGAUAUUUCUACCUGUGAUAUUUGGAGUACAUUCAUUUUAUUUAAAUGGAAAUUAUUUUACUAUAGUUUUCAAAUUGAAUAGGCUCAGACUAAAAUAUCCUCUAUUGGAAGAAUUGUGGUCGCAUCAGGCAGUGCUAAACAAUUUAAUUAAGCAAAAUAUCAUAGGCUGGAUCACAAUUGAAAAUGGCGUAUACAAUAAAAGAUUUUUGGCUUAAGAAGUCAAGGACGGGAAAUUCAACAUCGUUUUCAAUAAGAAUGAUUACUUAUUGGAUGAGAAUGAUAAAUACUCAUUAAUGGACAUGAUUAGACGUGAUUAUGCCACCAUGCAAUAAAUGAAAUGCUCAUUCACAUUGUAAUUUGUUUAUACAAAGCACACUUCGGCUAGAUUGGAUAGCUUGGCAGGAAAAGAGAAAUAAUUUGAUUAAGAUUAAUCAGUGGCAGUUAAACAUCGGAAGAAGACUAAACAUUUUAUUGGAAACAUAGCCUCAUUUGAAUUAAAGACUAAGUUGGGAUUUGUCUAAGUGUUUUGGGACGAUUGCUGGAAAUACUACUAAUCUGACAUUGAAAAACUUAUAUAGAUUGUUAAUGAUAAUUUUUGA